CGCCUACUUGAUCUCCGCUUCCAGAGGUGACGUCCCGAGGCUGCGCCGCCUACUGUACGCCCUCUACCACCCCGGGAACUACUACCUGAUCCACCUGGAUGCGGAUGCGCCCCGGUCGGAGCAUCUAGAGCUGGCGAGGUUUGUCGCCGGGAACGCCGUGUUCGGCCAAAUCGGGAAUGUGUGGGUGGUAGGGAAGCCCAGCUUGGUGACCUACAGAGGCCCGACAAUGCUUGCCGCUACUCUCCACGCCAUUUCUCUUCUUCUGAGGACUGCAAAUUGGGACUGGUUUAUCAAUCUCAGCGCCUCUGAUUAUCCACUCGUAACCCAAGAUGGUAUGAUCUGAUCCAUUCCUUCUCAAGUUUGCCCAGAGAUCUGAACUUCAUACAGCAUACCAGUCGCCUUGGUUGGAAAUUUAAUAGGAGGGGCAAACCGAUUAUAUUAGACCCAAGUUUGCAUAGUAAUAAUAAAUCAGAAAUCUGGUGGGCAAUCAAGCAGAGAACUCUCCCGACAGCUUUCAAGCUCUAUACAGGUUCAGCUUGGAUGGUAUUGUCAAGAUCCUUUGCAGAGUACUGUGUAGUAGGCUGGGACAACCUGCCGAGAAGGCUUCUCCUCUACUACACCAACUUUGUCUCCUCUCCGGAGGGUUACUUCCAGACACUCGUGUGCAAUUCCGAUGAGGGGUACAAGAACACAACGGUUGAUCAUGACCUCCAUUACAUCACCUGGGAUGUCCCUCCCAAACAACACCCCAAGUCUCUUGGCCUGAAAGACUACAGAAGAAUGGUCCUAAGCAACCGGCCAUUUGCGAGGAAGUUCAAGAGGAACGAUCCAGCAGUCCUUGACAAGAUAGACCGUGAACUCCUCAAGAGGAGGGGGGAUGGGCAUUUCUCAUUGGGUGGGUGGUGUUACAAUAAGGACCAGAAGAAGUGUUCGGCAUUGCAGAGUGAGAUGUACGGGGUUCUGCAGCAUGGGACUGGUGCUAGGAGAUUGAAAACUCUGCUCACUAAACUGCUUUCCCCUCGGUAUUUCACCAAGAGGCAGUGUAAAUGAUUUUUUCCUUUGUUUUGGUGAUAAAUGGAGUAAAUCAGAGUGUAGUUUCUGUAUUAGGAUUUAGAACUUAGCUAGGCUUGACUUGCUUGCUGUAAUAAUCCAUACACAUGCUACUUUGUAUCACACAAUCACACACAUUAACUCAGGCACAUUCAUCAAUAAUAAGGUUUGUGAAGAAUACAAUAUGUGAGGGUUGAAUUAUAAAACAGGUUAUGGUUGAGAUCUAAUACUUUCUUUUGUAAUGGUUUCUUGGG